AUGAGUGUAACUGCAGCAGCGAGUGGAUUUGUUGUCCUUCUUCUCACUGUGACAGUGGUACAGUACGCUCCAAAGCCUCCCUCUGUGUCAGUGAGUCCCUCUGGUGAGAUCAUGGAGGGCAGCUCAGUGACUCUGACCUGCAGCAGUGAUGCUAACCCAGCAGCUCACUACACCUGGUACAAGGAGAACCGAACUCUGCUUCAAGGACCAGAGGGCGUUUAUCAUCUCUCCUCCAUCAGCUCUGGGGACAGCGGGGUCUACUCCUGCAAGUCUGAGAAUCAGUACGGACUUAACUCCACGUCUCUACACUUAGACGUCCAGUACGCUCCAAAGCCUCCCUCUGUGUCAGUGAGUCCCUCUGGUGAGAUCAUGGAGGGCAGCUCGGUGACUCUGACCUGCAGCAGUGAUGCUCACCCAGCAGCUCACUACACCUGGUACAAGGAGGACAAGGACUCACCAACAGCAUCAGGACAAAACUUCACCAUCACUAAUAUCACAGCUGAACAUGGUGGAAAGUAUCAGUGUGAGGCCCAGAACACACACGGACGUAGUAACACCACCUUACAUCUGACUGUUGGAGCAGUGUUCCUACUGAUCAGGUGA